UUAUGUCCUGGUACGCGCGAGGCCCGGGCGGUGAUGCCAUGUGCCCGGACGCGGACGGUGCGGGGCUGAAGCGGUGAUGCUGCUGGUGGCGUGCGCGGACUUCAGCGGGGGCGAGGCGCCCACGUGACAAACCUCGAGCUCGCACGAGAGCCCAGAGUCGACGGGGCGGCAUCCAGGAGCGCGGAGAGCCCCUCCCCGCGCGUCGGCAGCGGGUGGCCAUGCAUGAGAGGAGCAUUGACGAUGAUCACGCAUCCGGACGCGAAGUGCUGGAGCCGCUGCGGCCGGAGAGGCACUACGACCUGGUGGUGCGGCCGACGACGGAGGCCGGCGACGACCCGGCCUGCGACUGCGCCGGCCCGCCGCCGCCCCAGUUCCUGCUGCCGCCGCCGCCCGUCGAC